GUGCUAUUAUUUCCAAAGAAUUUAAUUUAUUCUAAAUUUAAUUAAUAUUAAGGAAUGUCAUCGAGUAAAUUUGUGAGAAAAGUUAAGGCAUUAGUCAAAGUGACAUGCUAUGCUGGAUUCAUUUCUGGUGGUUUGCUCUAUUAUAGAAAUGACGAAAAAUUUUUCAGACAAAUUUUGAUGCCAUUGAGUAGAGUAGCUAUGAGUCCAGAAAGUGCUCAUAAAUUUGGGAUUUUUCUAUGUAAAUGGAACUUGAUUCCCAAGAACGAUUAUGAGGAUUUGCCAGUUCUUUCAUCAACAAUAUGUGGCAUAAAGUUAAACAACAUUGUUGGACUUGCUGCUGGCUACGACAAAGAUGGUGAAGCAAUCAAAAGUCUUCACAAAUUAGGAUUUGGUUUCAUCGAAUUAGGAACAAUAAUGCCAGAGGAAGAGUAUGGAGAAAAUGCGAAAAAAUCCACACUUCAAUUAGUAGAAGACGAAGCUAUCUUAAGUUCCUAUGACAACAACAGCUCCAAAGGCCAUUCAUUUCUUGUUCCAAAGAUGAGAACAUUGAGACGACGAGAAGAGUAUAAAGAAAUAAUUGGAUUUAAUAUUGGAAAGAAUAAAAAGUCAAACUACGUCAACGACAUCUCAUUAAAUGUUAAAGUUUUUAGUCCCGUUGCGAACUACUUAGUCAUAAACAUUGACUCAGAAUCAUUGUCCGAGAACUUAUAUGAUGACUUAAAGAAGAAAGAAAACUUAAGGACGGUAUUAAUAGAAGUAAAUAAAGCCCGAAAACUUUUCGAUGAAGAGAAGCAACGACCGAUUUUCCUUAAGCUCUCACCGGAUCUUACAAACAAUGAGCUAAAGGAUAUUGUCGAUGUAACAAAAGAAAAAAAUUGUGCUGUACAUGGUUUCAUAAUUUCCAACUCAAAACUUGACUAUAAUUUUAAUCUACAAAGUAAAUAUCAUGAUAUACAGAACGGACGAUUAAGUGGUAAGCCAUUGAGGGAAAAAUCAACAAAGAUGAUAGAAGAAGUUUACAAACUAACAAGCGGUAAGGCUGCUAUUAUUGGUGUUGGUGGAAUACUCUCAGGUAGAGAUGCUUAUGAGAAAGUUCUAGCUGGCGCAAGUGCUUUACAAAUUUAUACAGGUUUCAUACUGUACGGUCCACCUAUAGUAAAUAAAAUUAAACGAGAACUAAGUGAAUUGCUCAUUAAUGAUGGCUAUAAAAAUGUAAGUGAAGCUGUAGGAAAAAACGUUAAACUACAACAAAAAAGAUUUAAUUGGAUACCAUUCUUGAGAUGAAUGUGGUUUUAAAGUACAAAACUAUUGAACUUAUAGAUUAAAUUUUUAUUACCAAAUUAAAAAAUGAGGCUAUAAUUAAAGUAAUUAAUUGAGAAGCUAAUUGGAUGUAUUGGCAAGUAGAGUUAAAAAUUGUUUUGUUUCUGAAUGGAAUUUAAUAUGAAAAUUAGAAACUUAAUCGAAUGCGCCCAAACUUAAAUCCAAGGAUCAAGUAUGAACUCUUUGAACUCUUAUACCUGUAACUCCAUGAAAAUAACGCAAUUCAGCACAAAAUUUUAAUUUCACAUUAAAAUAAAAUAUCAUCAUCAACAUAUUAUGUUCAAUCAUGUAAAG